AUGCGCACCCUUAGAGGUCCCGAUACCCGCAAGAUAUUUGCAAAUUACCUCUACAAUGGCCUGAUUAGUGCAGGGAUCGCUGUCUUUACAGACGAUAUUGAUCUUGAUAUUAGAGAAAAUAUCACCGAUGCAUUGGUUCAAUUCAUAAAGCAGUCUAAGAUAUCAAUACCUAUUCUCUCGCAGAAUUAUGCAUCCAAUAAAUAUCGUCUCAUGGAGCUGGCCCAAAGGGUGGAAUGCCAAGAAGCAGGCGCUCAAAUGAUCAUGCCCAUUUUCUAUGAUGUUAGCCCCGCUGAUUUAAAAUACCGACGUGGAUGUGUGGGGGAGGCCUUCAGUAAACAUGAGGACCGUGUUGACCGUAAGGACACCAAUAAAUGGAAGCAGGCUCUCGAAAAGAUUGCUGAGAUGAAGGGCAUGAUCUGGGAAAUACAAACAUAG